GUGAUCAGCCAGAACAUCAAGGAGGCCAACCAGUUGCAGAGCAAGCUCAGCAUCCAACCAGUGAUCUUCAACGAGGUGAUCAGCCAGAACAUCAAGGAGGUCAACCAGUUGCAGAGCAAGCUCAGCAUCCAACCGGUGAUCUUCAACAAGGUGAUCAACCAGCACAUCAAGGAGGUCAAACAGUUGCAGAGCAAGCUCAGCAGCAUCCAGCCGGUGAUCUUCAACGAGGUGAUCAACCAGCACAUCAAGGAGGUCAGCCAGUUGCAGAAGCAGUUGAGCAACAUCCAGGGGGUGAUCUUCAACGAGGUGAUCAACCAGAACAUCAAGGAGGUCAAACAGUUGCAGAGAAAGCUCAGCAGCCACCAGCCGGUGAUCUUCAACGAGGUGAUCAACCAGAACAUCAAGGAGGUCAAACAGUUGCAGAGCAAGCUCAGCAGCAUCCAGCCGGUGAUCUUCAACGAGGUGAUCAACCAGCACAUCCAGGAGGUCAGCCAGUUGCAGAAGCAGUUGAGCAACAUCCAGGGGGUGAUCUUCAACGAGGUGAUCAACCAGAACAUCAAGGAGGUCAAACAGUUGCAGAGAAAGCUCAGCAGCAUCCAACCGGUGAUCUUCAACGAGGUGAUCAACCAGCACAUCAAGGAGGUCAGCCAGCUGCAGAAGCAGUUGAGCAGCAUCCCACCGGUGAUCUUCAACGAGGAGAUCAACCAGAACAUCAAGGAGGUCAAACAGUUGCAGAAGCAGUUGAGCAACAUCCAGGGGGUGAUCUUCAACAAGGUGCUCAACCAGCACAUCAAGGAGGUCAAACAGUUGCAGAGAAAGCUCAGCAGCCACCAGCCGGUGAUCUUCAACGAGGUGAUCAACCAGAACAUCAAGGAGGUCAAACAGUUGCAGAGCAAGCUCAGCAGCAUCCAGCCGGUGAUCUUCAACGAGGUGAUCAACCAGAACAUCAAGGAGGUCAAACAGUUGCAGAGCAAGCUCAGCAUCCAACCGGUGAUCUUCAACAAGGUGAUCAACCAGCACAUCAAGGAGGUCAAACAGUUGCAGAGCAAGCUCAGCAUCCAACCGGUGAUCUUCAACAAGGUGAUCAACCAGCACAUCAAGGUGAUCAAUCCAGCACAUCAAGGAGGUCAGCAGAGCAAGCUCAGCAGCCUCCAGCCGGUGAUCUUCAACGAGGUGAUCAACCAGCACAUCAAGGAGGUCAGCCAGUUGCAGAAGCAGUUGAGCAACAUCCAGGGGGUGAUCUUCAACGAGGUGAUCAACCAGAACAUCAAGGAGGUCAAACAGUUGCAGAGAAAGCUCAGCAGCCACCAGCCGGUGAUCUUCAACGAGGUGAUCAACCAGAACAUCAAGGAGGUCAAACAGUUGCAGAGCAAGCUCAGCAGCAUCCAGCCAGUGAUCUUCAACGAGGUGAUCAACCAGAACAUCAAGGAGGUCAAACAGUUGCAGAGAAAGCUCAGCAGCAUCCAGCCGGUGAUCUUCAACGAG